CCAUGAAUGGAAAAGAUAUUUAUGCGGUGAAGAGGUUUCGAGAGGCUGCCAAUGGCAACGACAUUGAUACAGUGCGCAGGCUUCUUCUAGAAGACAUAGACCCUUGUGCAGCAGAUGACAAAGGAAGAACAGCCCUCCACUUCUCCUCCUGUAAUGGCAACGAGAGCAUUGUGCAACUUCUUCUGAGCUACGGCGCUGACCCUAACCAGCGGGAUGGCCGGAACACCCCUCUCCAUCUGGCGGCCUGUACCAACCACGUGCCUGUAAUCACCACAUUGCUGAGAGGAGGAGCACGUGUGGAUGCCCUAGACCGAGCAGGAAGGACCCCCCUGCACCUGGCACGCUCCAAACUCAACAUCCUGCAGGAAGGAGACUCAAGGAGUAUAGAAACUCUUAGAGGGGAGGUCACACAGAUCAUUCAGAUGCUGAGGGAGUACCUGAAUGUGAUGGGACAGAGUGAGGCCAGAGAGAGACUGGAUCAUAUCUCAACACAGCUGCAGCACACACGCACCAAAGAACAGGUUGAUGAGGUAACUGACUUGCUGGCCAGCUUCACAUCACUCAGUCUACAGAAGCAGAAUUUGGGGGAUAGGUAGAGGGGGCUCUCUUUGUGGAUACAUUCUUCUGUUUACGGCAGAGUAAUGGGCAUACUACUGUGAUAAAGUAAAUAAAAGAGAUCUUUAUGAACUCAUUA